AUGGAUUUUAUUAACCUUCCCAUUGAUGCUAUAAACAUUGCUAAUCGACAAUACUCACAAAAAACAACAUUUAAAGAUAAAUUUUCAGAGAUAUGGAAUUCUUUAGCUCCAUAUCUUCACAUAAAUCAUGAUAAAAUUGAUAAAACAGUUAGUCAAUCAAUGAUCUGGAGAGAAGUUGGUAACAAAGAAUAUACUACUGCAAAAAAUAAAGAUUAUUUACGCAAAUCAAUUGAAGCGUACACCAAGAGUAUUGCUUUUGCACCAGCUGGAUCCGAAGAAUUGUCAUUGGCUUAUGCUAAUCGUUCAGCUGUAUUGUUCAGGGCAAGACUCUAUGAAGAUUGUCUUCUUGACAUUGAACGUUCAUUAAAAUUAGACUAUCCAGAUAGAUUGAAAACAAAAUUAUUUUUACGUCAAUCAUUGUGUUUGAAAGCAUUGAAACCAAGCUCACAUAUUGAAUCAGAGAUUUCAAUGGCUAAUGCAAUGCAAUGGCAACCUGACUUGAAAAAAUAUAAUCCAACAUACGACCUCACCAAAGAGUAUACGAAGAUGAUAAAAGAACUUAAAGAACCACGUGAAAUUAUUAAAUAUAUACCAGAAAUAAAAAAUGAUAAUGCAAUAAUAGUUGGUGCAUCUGAUGCAAUUGAAUUGAAAAAAACAAAUGAUAAUAAUCAACAUAUUGUUGCAACAAGAAACAUCAAAUCUGGUGAAUUUAUUUACAUUUCUGAACCAUUUGCAGCAACUCCUAGUGAUGAUUUACGUUUUACUAAUUGUUGGCAUUGUUGUCGUCAAACUUGGGCUGGUAUACCAUGUGAUAAUUGUUCAGCUAUCAUAUAUUGUUCCGAUAUAUGUAAAAAAAAAGCAUGGAAUAGUUAUCACAAUAUUGAAUGUUUAGUAUCAGAACAACUUUCAAAGUUUGACAAACCUAUAUCAAACCAUUCAUCAACAUUUACAGUUGAUACUGAUGUUGAUUGGUCAACGGUCAUGUUACCAUUUUGGGAGAUAUUAAAACCAAGCUGUGAUCCGAAUGUCAAUUGGACUCAUGUGGGUUCAAAUGUUGGAUAUUAUGCUUGUAAACCAAUCAAGCAAGGAGAACCGGUACCUACUGAUGUUUUUAAAUAA